UUGGGAGGUAAACAAUAAAUCUUGUAAAUCAACACAGUGUCGAAAUAUCCUAAAUUCCUUUUCGUUGCGUUGCAAAGGCGGUGUUGGGAGCUUGCAAGUGGUAGCGUGCCCAUUUCCGAUAAGGGGUACUGGAUAAUUCAUCUCCAGGUGAUACACACAGCUCCAGACAGCCUCCCACAACAUGCAGGCACAGUGUGAAGUUUGUACUGAAGGGGCAGCCAAGUACAAGUGUCCUCAGUGUGUCCUCAAAUACUGCUCAGUCCAGUGUUACAAGCAGCACAAAGAAACCUGUGUGACAAAGGAUGCAAGCAGAAAGGAUUCGGGAUCUGAGACAUUAGAGAAAGAAAGAAUUCAAGAACAGAAAGAGGAGGGUGAGCUGUCAGACGUGGAGCUUGAGACAACGGAAGACAAAGUGGAGCGACACCUGCUGGAGAAACUAGAAGAGUCUGGGGAACUGAAGACGCUCCUACAGAACCCCCAUUUACGUGUGAUGAUGUCGGCACUGGUGGGCGCUGACAAUCCUGGCAAACUCAUGGAGGACGCCAUGAAGGAACCGAUUUUCACCGAAUUCGCUGACGAGUGUCUGAAGGUUGUGGAGCCAGAGCAGACAUGAUAGUUGCUAUGGAAACUGACUGGAUAUGUUAUGACAACCAAACAGAUGUUGAGAAAUGUAAAAGACGUAUAAACCAUUUCUACAAUCUGUAGAAUGCAAUGGUGACAUCUACAGUGACAAUUGCAGUCUAGGAUGUAUAUGUGAGAUGUUGUCAUCAUCUGUUGAUGGGAUGGCUGUCAAUGAUCUGUAGAUGAUCUGUUGGUCUGUUGAUGAUCUGUUGGUCUGUUGAUGAUCUACUAAUAGCUGUUAGUGUUAAUGAUCUGUUGAUGGCUGUUGAUGAUCUGUUGGUCUGUUGAUGAUCUACUAAUGGCUGUUAGUGUUAAUGAUCUGCUGAUGGCUGUUGAUGAUCUGUUGGUCUGUUGAUGAUCUGUAGAUGAUCUGUUGGUCUGUUGAUGAUCUACUGAUGGCUUUUGAUGAUGAUGUUGAUGGUCUGUGGGCUGAUGAAGUCGACACACAAGUGACACUGUAAGGCUUCCAGUGGAGUCGAGCAGGACCAGUACAUCAUGCCACUGAAUCACUGACAAGGCAUUUGUGGACAUUGAUAGUACUACAUAGCAAACCUGGAUUACCAAGAUGAACAAGACUGUGAAGAGGUGGUGGGGCACGAGGACAAUUGCAUCCUCUACCUGCACCGAGACACAGACACAGACACACGAUACACAGGUUUCACAACCUUAUUAGAGUGGGGAGGGUGGUCGGGUAGCAAUAAACUCACUCACUCUCUCUUUUUUUAUUCAUAAAUCAAGCAUGGUUGAGAACAAUCUCACUAUAAUCAUUUUGUGUAGCUGUAUCGAGCACCAAUAUUUGAUUUUAAUGAGAUUGAAUUGAGAGCUUUCAAGAGGACGUUAUGCUUGUCGUAAGAGGCGACUAACAGGAUCAGGUGGUCAGACUCGCUGACUUGGUUGAUGCAUGUUAUCGAAGUUCAUUUGAGCGGAUCAAUGCUCAUGAUAUCAAUCACUGGAUUGUCUGGUCCAGACUUUAUUUUUUUACAGAUUGCCGUCAUAUAGCUGGAAUAUUGCUGAGUGCAGCGAUAAACAACAAACAAACAACAUCUUAGAGGAGAAAAGUCCAGUUCCUUUGCCUGUGAAUAUAUGCAUUGUGCAAGAAAGAGGUUGUUUUAUUUCAUUUUAUACCAUUUCAAGUGAAGAAAUUAAAAAUAAUGCUUGAAUAAUGUUUCAUGGUUUUGUUGAAAGCCAUUUUCACCUUAUAAAGAAAGUUUUACCAGCUUUCUUGUGUAUUUAUAUAUUGGUUAUUAUCACAGUUUGAUAGAUUGUUGUUUCAAUUCAGAUUGCAUAAUUCCUGCAUUAAAUAAUUUUUCAUGUAAACCUGUUUCCUU